GGCGACAUAACCUCCCGUCCUCCGGUAAUUUCUUUAAAAAAAAAAACAGGCAGACCGGGGUUUAUUGUUUGUUUUUUAAGGGGGGAACUUAACAGCUCAGCCGCGGCGAAAAAACUCUUGUUUUUGGGUAGGAAGGAGGAAGGACCGCGGAGGAUGGGUGGGCGCUUUUUUGGCUAAUUAGCUUUACGCUCGCUAUAGCACUCGCUUUUCUUAAUGAGUAAAGAGGAAACGGCGUACAGUAGGCCGAACAGCCGGGCGGUUUAUAUCGUGUUUUUUUUUUAUCCGUUUCACUCGAAACCCAGUUAGCUAGUGGCAAGCUCAGAAGCGGAAAGUCAGGUCCGUAGCUAGCCGGCUAGCUGUUAGCUACUAGCGCAAAAUGGCCUCAUUGUCGCUCGGUAGCUCUGAUGCUGAAAAGACAAAGCAUGCGGCAGUCACGGCCAGGAGAGCCGAGCGGCCCUUUAAAGCGGCAUUAACGGCGCCAAUUUAACCCCUGAUAUCGCUUAUAUUAUGUCGUUAACAAGGAGAGAGGGGAGGUUUUUGGCCGUACAGUCCCGCACAACAGGCCCGAGCGCUACAGUGUGUUCAUUUUAAGAUGAGAGACAACAUGUUCCCGAAGGGCACCAAACGCAAGUUCUCAGACUCCGGGGAGGAGCCGGUCCCCAGUGGCGACCAGAGCCCGGCGGCUACGUCUGCGGCGGUUCGGACGCUGUCGUCCUCUUACAGCCUGCAGCGGCAGUCGCUGCUUGACAUGUCGCUGAUCAAGCUGCAGCUCUGCCACAUGCUGGUGGAGCCCAACCUGUGCCGCUCGGUGCUCAUCGCUAACACUGUGCGGCAGAUCCAGGAGGAGAUGACCCAGGACGGCACCUGGCAGAUCAUGACCCAGGCCCUGGCAGCCGCUCAGUGUCCCGCUGACCGCCUGGUAGCCACCGAGGUGCUCUGCCGACAGACGGACGCAGCAGCUCAGGCGGGGCAGAGCCCCAAGCCCUUUUCAGUGGUUGGUCUGGAGGAAGGCUACCACACAGAGGAGGUGGUGAUGGAGGGAGACGUGGAGACAGAGGUCACCAUGUCCACUUUGUCGCCCGUCUCCCCCCAGCUGUCUUCUGCUUCUUACCUGGCGGGCCCCUUCGGCAUGGGACCCUGCUGGGAGGAGGAAGAAGAAGACGGUGAUUGCGAGGAGGACGAAGAGGAGGACAGCGAGGAAUGUGUGUCGGAAGGAGAGGAGGGGGACCGGGACCAUCUGACCGCAGACUCCAGGACGGGGGAGCAGGUUUUUGGGACUUUUGAGAUCAAGCACCCGACGCCGCCCCCUGACCCCGCGCUCGAGGAGCUGUUUUCAGACGUGGACCCAUCUUACUAUGACCUCGAUACGGUGCUGACAGGCAUGCAGAGCGCUCCGAAGAUGGGGCCUUACGAUCUGCUGGAGAGCCUCUCCUCUCACGGGCCCACGGCCCUGAGCUCCAGCUCGAGCUGUAGGUCAGACCUGAACGAACUGGACCACAUCAUGGAGAUCAUAGUGGGAUCCUGAAACUCAGAACAUUCCUCUGGCCCGUACUGAUCCCACAGACUCUUACCAGACUAUGCACAAUACACAUGUGCGUGUUCUGAAUGUGGUAUUGUUAUACACGGAGAUUGUUGAAGGUUUUGGGACAAGGUGGGAAAUUAACAGCGAGCCAAAUUCAUUUUUAGGAUUGGCUGAGUUGUAGUUAGUCUGCUCUAACAGCCAGUUUAGCCGAACAGGCAGCUGCUGUUGGGACACUUUAAUCUUGUAUUUCAAAAAAAAAAAAAAAAAAGUAAUUGGCAGGUAAAAGUAGCGAGAGGGUGAACUGUUACGAUCCACAAGCCGCCGAGGUCUGUGGACGAAGCCAUUAGUUUCCUACUUUGUUGAUGAAAUCCAAAACUCAACGAUAUCUGUGAGAAGGCAAGGAUAAUUACCUAUACCAUGAUGCAUUUUUAUUUACGUACUUUCCAUGUUUACGUCUGUCAUACAUUCUGUCAUACUAGCUCCUUCUGGUCGUAUUCUCUGCCAUUUUUGUCCAUUUCUAUUUAUUGUUACAUGGACUUCAGAAAAAGAAAAAAAAAUCAUCACACUACAUGCAUCAGAACAAAUUGUAAAUCCAAAUCUAUGAAUCAAUGCAUAUUUUCCUAAAGAUUUGAGCAAUUAUGAAUGGAAUAUAUGUAUAUGUACGUAUGUGUAUAUAGAAAUAUAUUUUUUGCAUUAUA